CAAGCAGGGAAGGCAUGUGGCUCUGUCGUGGAACAGCCCGGGUUGCUCUGAACAGCCAGGGUGUCCUCCCCAGGCAGCAAGACACAUGACUACAUGAGGACACUUGCUCUGGAGGCACCCUGAGACUGGACUGCAGUUAUGCCAGAAAACACCACCCUGGCGAUGGCCUCGGACCUCGCCGGGGAGCUCUGCAACGCGUCCUUCAAUGACAGCAGGGUGACACUGCUGGUGGUGUACAGCGUGGUGUGCGCACUGGGGCUGCCUGCCAACUGCCUUACAGCCUGGCUAACGCUGCUGCAGGUCCUGCAGGGCAACGUGCUGGCCGUCUACCUGUUCUGCCUGGCGCUCUGUGAGCUGCUCUACAUCAGCACGCUGCCACUCUGGGUCGUCUACAUCCAGAACCAGCACCAAUGGACCCUAGGCCUGCGUGCCUGCAGGGUGACCGCCUACAUCUUCUUCUGCAACAUCUACAUCAGCAUCCUCCUGCUCUGCUGCAUCUCCUGCGACCGCUUCACAGCAGUGGUGUAUGCGCUGGAGAUCCGGGGCCGCCGCCGCCGGAGGACUGCUGUGCUCAUCUGCACAGGCAUCUUCGUGCUGGUAGGGCUUGUGUACCAGCCAGUGUUCUACAUGGAGGCUGUGAACGGAACCUGCUUUGAACCCCUGCGGAUGAACACCAGCAUCGCGGGCUACCACUACGCGCGCUUUGCCGUGGGCUUUGCACUUCCUCUCUGCGUUAUCGCAUUCACCAACCACCGCAUCUCCCACAGCAUCAAGCUGAGCGGGGGCCUGACCACGGCCCAGAAGGCCAGGGUGAAGCACUCUGCCCUCGCGGUCGUACUCAUCUUCCUGAUCUGCUUUGCCCCCUACCAUGUGGUGCUCCUUGUCAAAGCCGCUGCCUUUUCCUACCACAGAGGGGACAGGGACGCUGUGUGUGCCUUAGAAACCAGCCUGUACACGGCCUCCGUGGUAUUUCUGUGCCUGUCCACCGUCAACAGUGUGGCUGACCCCAUCAUCUAUGUGCUGGCCACAGACCACUCCCGGCAAGAAGUGGCCAAAAUCCACCAGGGCUGGAAAAAGUGGUCCAUGAAGAUAGAGGACACCAGGCUCUCACAGUGGAAGGACUCAGAAGAGAUGCAUUCACCCCCAACACUGGCCCACAACUGCACAUUCCCCACACCUGGGGAUCCCCCAGGGCCCCAGCCAGCUGAGUGGGGCUCACUGUGUAGCCUAGAAAUCCCGACUGAGGAGUUCUGACAGGCAGAGGACCUCUUCAUCUGCCACAUGUCCUGGCUGGCUCCCUUGGCUGCCAACCAGCAGGAGGCCGCCAACAGAGCUUGGUUGAUGACUUCAUUUUCUGUGCCUUUUGGCAAGAGUCACUGGGUGGCUGCUACUGUGUCCUGGGGCUUCCAUGGUUCUGCCUCAGAGGACUACCAGGUCAGGGGCAUCGUCCAGGUCUGGCCAUUGCCAGGAGCUAUGGGACUAGGGUGGAGGCGGAGUGGGGUGGCUGCACCCACCCCCACAGCAUGACUGUCCUCCUCUUAGCUUGAAGUGCUGAUCACCCCAGGAGAGUGUGGCAGGCUGCUGGCCACCGAGAGACCAUCCCAAUGUCCACUUCGUUGCUACAGUGAACUCAGGCUGGGUAUCCAGACAGACAGUGCAACUCCGGAGCAAGCAGAUAACUCUGCAUUCAGCCCCCAACCCUAACAAAGAGUAGGCCGGAGGGAGACCUUGCGGCCCAGUGUCAGAUCCUGGCCCAGUGCCGGUGAGCCUCAUCAAGGCCAAGUCACCUUGGUGCCUCUGUCUCCCCAUCUGGAAAACGGGGCCAAGGACACCUGCUCACUGCUUCUACCACUCUUCUACCAGGUGCUCCUCACAGCUGGCAGGAAGGCCCAGCCAUGCUCAGAGUGGCCUGGGGAAGCUGAGUGGAGCUCUCAGGCCUAAGGCAGCUGUGGUCUGCUGCUCUUCAUCGUGAGGUGUCAAAAAAUAUG